AUUGGAGCGCCUGCGCAGGGAGGACCUCGCUUCGCUUCCGGUUCCGCCAGCUUUCUAACGCCGCGCAGGGUUCCCGGGAAAGGCACGUGCGCGGCUGAAUGGAGCUGGUCGCCGGUAGCUAUGAGCAAGUCCUUUUCGGGUUCACAGUACAUCCGGACCCUCAGGCGAGUGGCGACAAAGAGCAGCAGCAAUGGACUCCUGUGGCUGACUUCACUCAUCAUGCUCACACGGCCUCCUUGUCAGCAGUGGCUGUGAAUAGUCGUUUUGUUGUCACUGGGAGCAAAGAUGAAACAAUUCACAUUUAUGAUAUGAAAAAGAAGAUAGAACAUGGAGCCUUAGUACAUCACAAUGGUACAAUAACUUGCCUGAAAUUCUAUGGCAGCAGGCACUUAAUCAGUGGAGCAGAAGAUGGACUCAUUUGUGUCUGGGAUGCAAAGAAAUGGGAAUGCCUCAAGUCGAUCAGAGCUCACAAAGGACAUGUGACCUUCCUUUCUAUUCAUCCAUCUGGCAAGUUGGCCCUGUCUGUUGGUACAGAUAAGACAUUAAGAACUUGGAAUCUUGUGGAGGGAAGAUCAGCCUUCAUAAAAAAUAUAAAACAAAAUGCUCACAUAGUAGAAUGGUCCCCAAGGGGAGAGAAAUAUGUAGUUGUUAUACUGAAUAAAAUAGACGUCUAUCAGCUUGACACUGCAUCCAUUAGUGGCACCAUCACAAAUGAAAAAAGGAUUUCUUCUGUUACCUUUCUUUCAGACUCUGUCCUUGCAGUGGCUGGAGAUGAAGAGGUUGUCAGAUUUUUUGACUGUGAUUCACUAGUGUGCCUUUGUGAAUUUAAAGCACAUGAAAACAGGGUAAAAGACAUUUUCAGUUUUGAAAUUCCAGAGCAUCAUGUUCUUGUUACAGCAUCAAGUGAUGGUUUCAUCAAAAUGUGGAAGCUAAAGCAAGAUAAGAAAGAUCCCCCAUCUUUACUCUGUGGAGUGAACACAAAUGCCAGGCUGACGUGUCUUGGAGUAUGGUUAGACAGAGGAACAGACACAAAAGAGAGGCCUCCUCUAGCAGCAGAGCCUUCUUCUGUUAAUACAGAACAGUCCAGGAUCAGCAAAAAGGACUCUGACGUGGUGCAGCAAGAAGACACAUUAAAACCUAACUCAAAGAAAUGUGUUUUAAGUGGUGACAGUAAUAAGCCAGUGAAAGGAAAUAGCCUGUCAGCCGGGAAAAGGAAGAUGGUAGAAAUGCAAGAAAAGAAGAAGAGAAAAAAGAAAAUAUAACUGAUGCACUGAAUCCCAGAUUGAUUGAUUCCCAAAAGAACUCCUUUUUUUAAUGGACUCAUCUUUUAAAUAUAUCUAAAUAUUAUUUUUUUCUGAGUAAAGGCAAGGAAUUUCUUUUUCUGGAGAAAAUGUACAGCUUGGAAAACCACUUUUAGGUGUUUUUUUUUAAUGUGCUAAAAUUAUUUUUGGCACCUUUGGCCUACAUGUUAUUAAUUAUAUAGAGAGGUAUAUAUGUUAAUUAUAAUAUGUAAUUUUUAUUGUGUAUAAAAUAAAGAUCUUUCCCCAAAUAUGGCAAUUUAAAAUAAUGUGAAAUCUUGAACAUAGUGUUGGAGAUCCAAUCCAGGGCCUUGAAUAUGUUAGGCAAGCACUCACUGUACCUCUUAAGCUGCUGCACCCCCAGUCAUCUGAACACAUUCUUUACUAGAGAUAAAUAAAGAUUAUUUUUCAAACUAUU